AUGGUGCACUUUAAAGCUCAGUGUCUCUUGGUCGCGGCCUAUGCCACGGUAGCUGUCAUUGAUGCUGCGUGCACGUCCGAUCUUCUCGUGGACGACUUCACCAGCUCCUUCUCAACAAACAGGAACAACCUGGGUUCGUGGACAUCAGAUGAUGCAAGCAUGACUAGCAUCUCCGCGUCCGGCGGCAUCCUCAGCUUCACCCCCAAGAGCGGAGGUUACUACUACGAAACGUUUCCCUGCCAAGCACUGCAGACCGACUUAUACUCACACGUCCAGCUUGAAAUCAAAGCACCCGUGCCUGGCACAGCCUUUACAGCCGAACUGAAUUCAGCCUCAAGUUGUUCGGCAACAACCAGCUCAAAGACAUCAUUCAGAGUCACUGACCUGACCGGCGGCUGGCAGACGUUGCGCAUCCCAUUGACUAGUUUUGCUGCGGGUAACCUCAAUGCAGCUCUAUCGUUUGUCAUUGGGUCCUUUUCAUCUACCCAGGAAUGGCAAUUGGACAAGAUUCUGUUUGUCUGUGCCCAAGGGUCAUCCGCAACCUCGACUUUCACUACGAUCACUACGGCAACCCAGGCUACGACAAGCUCGGUGCCAUCUCCAACCCAAUCUAAUAACCCGUCCUGCUCGGCGCUCCUGGUAGAUGAUUGGGCGUCCCAAUCACGCCUCAACUUCUUACAAUACAACUCACUCCUGCUGCCGACAGGUGAUGACGGGACGAUGCAAUCCAUGGUCGUGAACAACCACCAUAUAACACUUACACCGACAUCCACUUCGUCAUACUUCUUCACCCAGGUAGGAUGUCUAGAUGCCACAAAGUAUGGCGGUAUAUCACUCCGUAUCAACGCCCCAGCCGGAACGACUUUCCAAAUCGAGCUGACUUCCAAGACCACUUGUGAUGGUGAGACCACGGCGUACUCGUCUCAGACGACUGCUCAACUAGGCUGGACAUUCGACGGCACCGAGAAGCUAUACAGCUUCCCCUGGUCAAAAUUCAGUGGAGUCAACCUCAGCAAACUGCGAUCGAUCGUCCUCGAAGCGCCCACCCGCCCCAUAACAUUGGGCCCGCUGGCACUCUAUUGCGGGAGCACCCCGACCGGUUGGGUGGUGCCCACAGCGACGAGCCCAACAGGACCAACGCAAACCGUCCCGGCACCAACCGCUACCGUCUCCGGGCUCGUUAUUGACACCUUUGGCAACUCAAACACCAACUCGCUGGGGUUCUGGCACGGCGGCGAUGAUUUGAAUCUGUCAUGGGGCUCAAAUCGCGUCACAAUCAUCGCCUCGGCUCCUGACUACGCCUUCACCAGUCUCAUAAGCAGUGGAUGUCGAGACUUGCGCAGUCAGAGUGGCUCGUACUUACACAUCGCCUUUUCGGGCCAUACCAAGUUCUCCAUCUCGUUACAGCAGCACAACUCGCAGUGCAACGAUGGUGUGGCACCUUACCCCGAGACGAGGGACAGCCUGGAAGCCAGCCGGUACGCGGCAACGAGUAGCGAUAUCUACAUACCCAUCUCGCACUUCAACAUCAACCUCCAGCGUGUUGCCAGCGUUGCUAUAAGAAGUGUGUAUAGUUCCGACCCAGUGGUCCUGACCAAGAUUGAGAUCGUCCCCUCCAUCCCCUCAGGCGUCAGAAUACCCCAGAAGCUGCCUUCGGGAACCCUCGUCUUCGCCUGUACGCGGCCCAACUCAUUUGCCUUUGGCAUCGACGACGGCAACCCAAAAUACGCUGCUAGGCUGGCGCAGAUCAUCCGCGACGCGGGCAUCAAAGUGACCUUCUUCGCCGUCGGCGCGGUGCUCGAAAACCCCUCGACAGGAAUGGCCAGCCUCUACCAGCAGCUCAAGAGCGAGGGCCACCAGAUUGCGCUGCACUCCUACACGCACCCGCGGAUGGAAGGGCUGCCCAACGUGGAGAGCAUAGACUGGGAGUACAACGAAGACUAUAGGGUGAUGACAGGCCUGUUUGGCGAGAGGUCAAACUACUUCCGCCCGCCGUACGGGGUUGAAGGCGCGCGGAUGCGUCAGCGCUGGGCGGCUGCUUCGGGGUCGGACAAGGCGUACCUCAUCAACUGGAGUGUCGAUGUGCAGGACUGGUUGUGGGCUGAGACGAGCACGCCGGAGAAGCAGGUCGACUCGUUCCGGUCUGAUGUUGCCAAGGGGGGCAACCUGGUCGUCAUGCACUUUUCGUACAACUCGACGGUCGAGUACUUUCCCGAGUUCAUUAGGCAAGCCAAGGCUACUGGGAAACAGAUUAUGAGAAUCGAUCAGUGUAUGGAGGAUCCGAACGCACCACCGCUUUGA